ACCUUGUACCUCACCUUACAUAGACGCACACGAAGAGCUCGACGAAUUGUUGGAGAGAAGGAGAGCCAUGAUAUCGUCACAGCGAGACAUCUUUUGAGAAGAACCUUUUUGGAUUUUUGGAUUUCAAGCACUUUGUGGUUUAACCUUUGGGUUGUAGAGCCGAGGUUGAGCCCGGGUAAGCUUCAUCGACGACAACGACGACGCCGACGAAAAAUGAUGCUCUCAACGGCUGGAUACGUUCGCCUGACGACGGGUUCCGUGGCGCGGACUACGGCGUGGAGAAGGUGUGCCGGUUUGAGGCCCGGUGCCGUCGUUGCUGGUGCUGGGCAGCGGAGGAGGUUAUCCUCGGGUCAAGAAGGAUUGAGCUUCAGUCUUGGUCCUGAGGAUCCCCCUCUCCUAACCCAAACAAUCCCCCAGCACUUUUCCCAAAUCGUCUCCCAACACGGCGACCUCCCCGCCGUCACAGCCCGCAGCCCAACCCCAAACUCAUCAUCCGCCUCCUCGGCCGCCACGACAACGACCCUGACCUACGCCGCCCUCGACAACCUCUCCAACACCCUAGCCCACGGCCUCCGCUCUAUCGGCGUCCGCAAAGGCGACCGCCUUGCCGUCUCCCUCGGCAACGGCGCCGAGUUCGCCGCGCUCACCUACGCGGCCUUCAAGCUCGGCGCCGUGCUGGUGCCCUUGAACCCGGGCUUUAACGCCAAGCAGGUCGGCGCCGCGCUGCGCCAUUUGGGUGUGGAAGUACUCGUCAUUGGGAAGGUUACGGAUCUGCCGUAUAAGCCGUGUCGGGGGCGGAGUAAUCUCGAGCUUCUGAGGACGCUGGUGCCGGACUUGGAUAAGGGCGGGGGUGUGGUGGAAAGCGAGGUUGUCCCGAGUUUGCGAAAGGUCGUGGUGUUGGAUAAUGCUGGGUUCCAUCCUGAAGUGGAGUUCGCUGAUGGCUUCAAGGCGCUGACGCCGUAUGAGGUCCUGCUCGAGUCUGGCGAUGCGACGAGGGCGGUUGUGCCCGAUACGCCGCUGAAGCCGGACGACACGAUCAAUAUCCAGUUCACGUCGGGUACGACGUCCCAACCGAAAGCGGCGAUGCUGACGCAUACUUCGAUCCUCAACAACGGACACCUCAUCGCGCAGAGGAUGGGGCUGGUGCCGGGUGACAGGAUCGUGGUGCCGCCGCCGCUUUUCCACUGUUUCGGGUGCGUGUUGGGGUAUAUGGCGACCGCAACGACGGGGGCAGGGAUCCUGUUCCCCAGUCCGGCCUUCGACCCGUCUGCUACGUUGAGGAUGGUUGCCGACUACGAUGCGACGGGGUUAUACGGCGUCUCGACCAUGUUUGUCGCCGUGCUGGAGGCGUUGGCGAGCGGCGGGGUGGUGAAGAAGGAAGACAUGCCAACGGGUCUGAGAAAGGGGAUUGCGGCAGGGAGUUCGGUGCCGGAGAGUCUGAUGAGGCGGCUGUACGAGGUUCUCGGGCUGCGGGACCUGGUGAUUUGCUACGGGAUGACGGAGACGAGUCCCGUGAGCUGUAUGACGGCGCCCGACGACGGGUUCGACAAGAGGACGGGGAGCGUGGGGAGGGCGAUGCCGCAUACGGCGGUGAAGAUUGUCGAUCCUGCGGACCGGGGGCGGGUUGUGAAGCGCGGGGAGAGGGGGGAGCUCGCGGCGGCGGGGUACCUUGUUAUGAAGGGAUAUUGGGGGGACGAGGAGCGGACGGCGGAGGUGAGGAGGAAGGAGGAGGAUGGGCGGGUGUGGAUGUACAGCGGGGACGAGGCGCGGAUGGACGAGGAUGGGUAUGUUGAGAUUACAGGGCGGAUCAAGGAUUUGAUUAUACGGGGUGGGGAGAACAUUCACCCCCUCGAGGUUGAGAACUGUUUGUUCCAGAUGGAGGGGGUGAAGGAGGUUUCUGUGGUGGGCGUGCCGGAUGAGAAGUUGGGGGAGAGCGUUGCUGCGUUCGUUGUUUUGAAGAAGGGGUGGAGAGGGGAGGGUGGUGAUGAUGCUGCGGGAGGGGGUAAGGUGAUUACGAGGGACGAGGCGAGGGCUUGGGUUAGGGAGCACCUGUCGAGUCAUCUUGUGCCCAAGCAUGUCUUCUGGGUGGACGAUUAUCCCAAGACGCCGAGUGGGAAGAUUCAAAAGUUCAAGCUGCGGGAUAUGGCAAAGGAUCUGCUUGAAGGGAAGAAGUAG